CCGCCCCAGGCGCCUGCGCAUGCUUGGGGGGACCGGAAGACGCGGACUGCAACAUGGGGGAUCCCGAACCGGAAUCGGAGCAGAUUCGCCUGAAGUGCAUACGGCGGGACGGUUUCUUCACGGUGCCUCCGGAGGACAGGCUGGGACAAUGUCGGAGCGUGAAGGAGUUCGAAAAGCUGAAUCGGAUUGGGGAAGGCACCUAUGGUAUUGUGUCCUCUGUUCAGCUGCCAAAUCGAUAAUCCUGAAAGCAAUGGUCUGACACUGCUGGUCCUUACCCAGGAGGCUUCAGUGGUUCCAUGGACCUCCAGGACAAAAGUCCUUCAUCUGCCACAUACAGGCUUUCCCGCUCCCUCUCCAGCCCCUCAGAACGUUUUCAGCAUUCUGGCCAAGCUGGCAGAUUUGCUGUUCCCCUUCCAGGACGUCCUGUCUCCUCUUUCCAUGACUUUGCAGAGGCCGCUGCCUAUGAUUUGUGUGCUCGCGCAUCGGGCCCGAGACACCCAGACAGAUGAAAUCGUGGCCCUGAAGAAGGUUCGCAUGGACAAGGAAAAGGAUGGGAUCCCCAUUAGCAGCCUCCGGGAAAUCACGCUGCUCCUUCGGCUUCGUCACCCCAACAUCGUGGAGCUGAAGGAGGUGGUCGUGGGAAACCACUUGGAGAGCAUCUUCCUGGUGAUGGGUUACUGUGAGCAGGACCUUGCCAGCCUCCUAGAAAACAUGCAGACACCCUUCUCAGAGGCUCAGGUGAAGUGUAUCAUUUUGCAAGUCCUCAAGGGCCUUCAGUACCUUCACAAAAACUUCAUCAUUCACAGGGAUUUAAAGGUUUCCAAUUUGCUUAUGACAGAUAAGGGCUGUGUUAAGACAGCUGAUUUUGGCCUAGCUCGGGCUUAUGGUGUUCCUGUAAAGCCAAUGACCCCCAAAGUGGUCACACUCUGGUACCGGGCCCCUGAGCUCCUCUUGGGAACAUCGACCCAAACUACCAGCAUCGACAUGUGGGCCGUGGGGUGUAUCUUGGCGGAGCUGUUGGCUCACAAGCCCCUCCUCCCGGGCAGUUCUGAGAUCCACCAGAUUGACCUGAUCGUGCAGCUGCUUGGGACACCCAAUGAGAACAUCUGGCCGGGCUUUUCCAAGCUGCCUCUGGUCAGUCAGUACAGCCUGAGGAAACAGCCGUACAACAACCUCAAACACAAGUUUCCGUGGCUCUCCGAGGCUGGGUUACGUCUGCUCAACUUCCUCUUCAUGUAUGACCCAAAGAAAAGGGCCACCGCCGGGGAUUGCUUGGAAAGCUCCUACUUCAAGGAAAAACCUCUGCCCUGUGAGCCUGAGCUCAUGCCCACCUUCCCGCACCAUCGGAACAAGCGGGCCGCGAGUGCCGCUGCCACCACUGGGGUGGAGAGCCAGGGGAAACGCAGCAAGCCCUGAGUGGCCGGGCAGAAGCAGGCUCUUGGCUUCCACGCUGCCCUCCCCCAGAAACAGGAGCCGCAUCCUCGAAAGAGGUCACAAGGCCAAGCUCUCCUCACUCCUCCACCUUAGAAGAGGUCAGCCGUCCUCCCUCCCAUCAGGGGAGGGGUCAGCUUGUCUCCCUCUGCCUCAAUUUCCCCUCCCUUGAAGCCCACCUCAGCUUCUUUGUCAAGGUUUGAAGUUCUGAAUCGUGGCCCUCAGAGGUCUCCAUGGCUGGUCCCCAGAAACCAGAACUGGAGUAGCCAACUGGCCUGGACCGUGGUCUGGGAGCUGGCCCAGCGCAGUGUGGAGUGGCCGGCCAGCCGAGAUAACCGAGUAGGAUUUUGGUCUGAGGGGUGGCUGGUCGCACGUGUGUCCCCCAUGCUGAGCAGACGGCAGACUCCGCUGUGAAGCAUCAGGGACACAGGCAGCACUUUGGCUCCGGGGACGCUCCUACUUCUGCUCUGGGGCACAUGGAAUGUCCCGCUUCCCUUAGCUCAGGGUUCCCAGGCCCAGGAGGGGCAGCCCAGCUGUCCCUUGGCUUCCUGCCCUCAGGACCUAGGACACCAUGAGCCUACAAGGACGUUCCACUCCUUUUCCUCCUCCCUCAGUGCACGGCCUCGGUUGUGGCAGCAGGACGAGGGGGAGCGUCGGUGCUGCCUCUGUCCUUUGCCUUCAUCAUUCAGUAAAAAUCGCUCCCUGUUUUCAGGGUGGAUCAGGGAGGCAGAGUUGGGGGAAGGUGGAUUUGUAAGUAGCCUGGUGAGAGAGGGCUGGACACCCGCCACCGUCCCACUGAGGACAAAGGGGAGUUCCUACGACUCACCUUAGCUUGGGGUGCCUCGGCAGACCCCUCCGGAACUUUCUUGGGCUUUCUGCCCAGUGGAGUAAUGAGGCCCCAACAGGGAGAGAACUUGGUUUCCCCACCUGGAAGACAGACACAAGGUUUGGGGAGGGAAAGCAAGGAUGGGUGGGUGAGGUCUGGGUUCCAGCCACUGUCUAGACCUUACCUGCUUCCUUCUUGCAGGAGGUGAGGUCUAGCAGGGCUCUGUCCCAUGAAGUACAGAAGAAAACCUCCCCCAGAAUUCAGCUGCUUGACGGGUCUGAGGAAAGGCCGUGAGGGUGGGGCUGGUUUAUUCAGCCCCGAUGAGGAGCUUGCUUCAGGGAUAGCGAAUGACCUCUGGAGGUCUUGGUGUUUGAGGGCCCAGGGAUGCAGGUGUAUCCUGGAGCCUGCGUGGGGGGCCUCGCCAGCCUUUGAGGAAUGUGACUCUGGACACUGACGGGAGAUAGAGGCUGCCUCCUGUCCUAGAGAAGCCCAAAUCACAGCCCCUGUAUGAGGGUCCUGGGGAGAGAUGUUUGUUCAGAUGCAGCUUGUGAAAAACGUUUUUAAAACUAAUCUGUGGAUGCUGCUCCUGCUGCUUGGCUUUGUGAAAUCAGCUGUUUUGGAGAAUAGCUGGCAAAGUGGCAGCUAAGGAGGCGGGAGGGGAGUGGGCAGGAAAGACUGGGGGGAAGGAAGAGAGAGGAGAGAAAACGGCCUGUUUGCCUUUCACCUUCCAAUGAAAGCCCCCAAGUUCCUUCUCAGAAUCUAAACUGGGGCGUGGGAGAAGAGAGAAGGGUCUCCAUGCCACUAAUGAGGACCCCAGACCAUCCUGCGUCCCCCACCUCCCACCCUCUCCGCGAAGCACCUCCCUUUAAAGCAUUGUGCAUGGUGGGGUGGAGCUUCCUCCUUCCCCUUCUCCCGUGUCAGAAGGCCUUUAGGGUUGGAAUCGGCAAGCAUUUAUGUAGCAGCUAUCAUGUGCCGGGCCUGUGACCUCAAGUCCAAAUAAACUGAAGCCCAGGUCUAAGGUCACCCAGAUAGAGACAGGGCCGAACGGAGAUCUGGCCCCAGGCCCCCUGGAAUCCAACCUCGUGGCUCCUUCAAGCAUCGUUCCUCCCUUUCCUCCCUUGGUUUCCUCCCCUGACCUUGCAGCAUCUAAAUUAAAGGGGGAAGCCGUCAUGGGUAGUGAGUCAGGCUCGUUCGUCCCUCCUUGCCCAUGACACAUUCAUUUGUCUGUCCCUCCUUGCCCAUGACACAUUCAUUUGUCUGUCUGAAGUUCAGCCUGAUCUCAGCUCCCCUGAGAAGCUCGGCUCUGCUUGGCUGAGGUCAUCCAGGGAGGAGGGGAGGUGGCCUAUUCCCUCUGUGAUCUAGAGAGCGGGGACGACUAAGACCCGGGACUGGCCUGGAUUCCAUUUGUGGCAUCAUCCACCACCCUUUCCUGAGGCAGGUGGGGAGAGACGGGAGGACCCCAGCUGGGAGCAACCACGAAUCUCAGUCGAACACCAGUUUUGUCGGAGAGCCGGUGGCGAGCGUUCUGGACGAGGAUGUCCCUCUUUGCCCAGACUCUCCCUCGGGUCAUUGGUGCUCUUCCAUGCUCUCUUGUCUUGUUGCCCCUCCCCAAGGACAAAGAGGCGAGCAGAGGGAAGUGCGGGAGUCUGCCGUGGGCUUCACCUCUCAAGCCUCCAGAUCCCAGAAGAAUGGCCUCCUUUUGCUGCUGCCCAGCCCACUCUCUCUCCUGCCUCUGCCCUGGCUCCCGCAGUUCCUAGGAAGGCACCCUUUCUCAGAGAAGGCUGUUGAUAGUGAGUGAAGGCAUUCACCCAAGGAGUUAAAAAGGCACCUUUGUUAAGACGGCGCUCAGUCUCCAAAUGGGCUCCUUUGCAGCGGACCAUUUUUUCUUGGUGUAGGGAGAGUUAAUCUGGGGGAGUUUCUGCAAACACAUUUUUUCACGGCCACCCGGGAGGGGACAGUUUCUAAAUAUGGAUCUCUCUGUAUUCAGCAGCAAGCCCUGUAAACUUUCCUGGUUCUGCCCCUUUGUGCUGACUCUACUUGCAAAAUUCCCCUUUUCCCUCUCAUCCCCCACACCCUGCUUUUUCUUUAAAUGCAGAUUUACCAAUAAAACAGGAAGGAUUUAAAAAAAAAAACAGCGUCUGGUUGCAGGCCAAAUUCACUAGAAGAAACUGAGAGGGAUGUUUGCUCAAUAGACAUAGUGUGAAAACUGGGUUCAGGGUCAGUGGCUAGGAAAAAGCUACGGUGGCCCUGCCUGGCCAGUCAAGUCUGUAAUUACCAUGAGGGCAUUCUCCCCUUCUCCCCCACACCUGGGAAGACUGAGGCUGAGGACUUUACACCCCCUGAACGUCUAAUGUUGACAUGGUGUGGUCGAUGUGUACCCAUGAAGCUUUAGUCCCCACCCGUGAUGACCAGCCCCUAAAGGACAGGCAGGUGCAGAUGGGGCCCAAUUGGGCUGUGACCUUGGGGGCAGGGCCUGGUUUGGGCCUUUCUUUCUGCCUGGCAUGCACCGAGUGAGCCUGGAAUGAGUGAGCCCCCAACAAAGAGAUCCUUCAGACUUCACCCUGCUGCGGUUGGUCGCUGCUGCCAAACAUGGCAUUCCACUGGGAGGGUAAGAAGAGGAAGGGAAAGGACAAAAACCUUCCACCCACCCUUUUCUCUCAAAGUUGGGGAUCGGGGACGGCUAGGUGGUGCAGUGGAUAGGGCACUGGCCCUG